UGCUUCUGACGCAUCAUGGCGGCUGUGGGAAAAGCAGUGAGAGGGCAGCCGCGUCGCUAGCGAAAGCGCCCAGAAAAUUGCCAUCGCCGCCAGGAAAAUGUCCACGCAGUCAGCCGAUGGCAGAGUUGUGCUUGCGAGCCACGAUUUGAGAGGGAUAUCGGCGCGGAGCUGGGAUCGGGGCCUGUGAGGAAGGAUGAGCUUCGGCGGGCCGGCGCCAGUCACCAUUUGUUGCCGGAAAAUCAGGAAGAAAAGCGGCGACGGCGGACAGCGCCGUGUGUAGAGGCGGGCAGCGGUGUGUUGUUAGCGGCCUCUCGGAUCGAAUGGGAGGCCGGCCAGUCCGUAUAAAUGCCGCCAGUCGGCAGUCCUUGACGGCGGUGGAGCCGUGGCCGAGCAUGGCGGUGUACGCCGGCAUCCUCCUCCUGCUGCUGGCACUGCGCAGUGUCCAAGGUGCUCCACUUCCGCAAACAGGUGCAGGGGAAACAGCCAUUGAAGUCUCUUCGUCACUGCUAAUAUUUUCUGGGUGCAGUUUAGUUGUCCUCGUUGUUCUGAUCGUGAAUUGUGCGUCUUGCUGUAAAGACCCGGAAAUAAAUUUCAAGGAAUUUGAAGAUGAUAAUCUUGAUGAAGAAAAUGAUUUCAUACCACCAGCAGAAGACACUCCAUCACCUCCAACGCCUGCUGAAGUUUACACGCUGUCUGUUCCAAAUAUUAUGCUUUCUACUCCAACACAACUUCAGUUAUCUAAAACUCAAGGAGUAUCCUCAGCACCUUUUGUACGCCAUCAUCUUAGCUACAUUCAGGAAAUUGGAAAUGGCUGGUUUGGUAAGGUUCUUCUUGGGGAAUUCUACCAGGAUUCCAGUUUAGUCAGAGUGAUUAUUAAAGAACUGAAAGCCAGUGCAAGCUCAACGGAGCAUCAUCAAUUCCUUAAAAAUGGGGAGGCUUACAGAGUUUUGCAACAUCCAAAUGUGCUCCACUGCUUGGGACAAUGCGUGGAAGCUGUCCCUUAUCUGUUGGUAUUUGAAUUUUGUCAGCUGGGUGACAUAAAGGGCUACCUGCAUAGUCAGCAACACGAGCAAAGUCCCCGUGGUUCAGAACUGCUGCAGCUGCAAAGGAUGGCCUGUGAGAUUGCUGCUGGACUUGCUCAUCUGCACAAGCACGGUUUUGUGCACAGUGAUUUAGCACUACGGAACUGUUUUCUCACAACAGAUUUGACAGUAAAAAUCGGUGAUUAUGGCAUAGGAUUCAGCCGGUACAGGUAAGACUAUAUUGUAAGCAAUGAUGGUCAAUAUAUUCCUUUGCGCUGGAUUUCACCUGAGCUUGUAGGUGAUGUUUAUGGGAGUAUGGUAGUAGCAGAACAGACGAGACACAGCAAUAUUUGGUCUUUGGGUGUUGUGUUGUGGGAGUUAUUUGAGAGUGCCAGCCAGCCCUACAUGCACCUUUCUGACAAAGAGGUGCUAAUCUUUGUUAUAAAGGAACAACAAAUUAAACUCCCUAAACCUCAGCUGGAGUUGACUCACUCUGACAGAUGGUAUGAAGUUUUGCAGUUUUGUUGGUUAGCUCCAGAAAAGAGGCCAACAGCUGAGGAGAUUCACAGACUGCUAACUUACCUCCGCAUGCAGAGUCAGAAGGAAUGCGAAGACGACUUUGAAAUAAGAUGGAAUGCACUAAAGUCCAGCAACAGCAAUCGGCAAGCGAUGGCAAAUAAUUCAUCGUUUCCAAUCCUGGAGCAUUUUGUUGCUGAACGACUGAACCAGGAAAUGGAUGAUAUCCUCACAGUUACUGAAACGAGUAAAGGACUGAAUUUUGAGUAUGUGUGGGAGACUGCUAAACUUGACCAUUUUGAAGACCAUGUUCAAGGAAAUGAUGGAGCAAAGGUGAAUUAGAGCAUUUUCUACCCCACAGUUGCUUUUGAGAAAAGUGGUUUUUCAAUUGUCCGCACCCAUUCAGAUGAUAAAUUCACUAGGAAAGAGGAUAGCGGAAGUCCACGUAUCAGGAUCGUUCCUGUAUUCGAUACCCAUUAUCCUUCUAUCGGAAGCGAAUACUAUAUACAGUUGGAGGAACAAAGUGAAACUAACUUGGAUAUUGAUGAAAAUUCAAGCUAUCCCAAUGAGGCAACUUCCCAGCCCAAGGAUUCCCAGUCCUUUGUUAUCCUCGGAGACUCUGGAGAUGAUUUGAGUACAGAUGUUGAUUUCUUCCCACACUGCAAUCAAGACUUGCAGAAGUCCGAAGUAACCGAGGCAAUGAUUAGUUCCUGCACUUCUAGUUAUGCUGAAAGCCCUAGCCACAAUGAUAUCUUUUAUGAUCGUAAGUUAGAGGAUUUUAACAAAGGAAUCUUGAACACUCAUGAAAUCAUAAUGCUAGAUCUACCUGAGCUCAGUGAGAGUAAACGGAAAAAUGCAUUUGGUCUAGUUUCAAAUAAAGAAACUCCCAUGGAGUCGUUAAUCCAUCAACCUAUGCCACUUGAUUUAAACACUUCUAGUCCCAUUUUGGAAGGAAAAACAGACUUCAUUUUCACAGAAAGCAUCAAUGAUGAUGGCAGUUUGGGAUUGUUCCAAUCUGAGGGGAUUUGGCUGCACUUCAAAUGCAAUUUUACUUUGCCUCAUGCACAUUGCCAAGAGACUGCUCAAUGCAGUGAAAGUGCCGCUGCUAGCAUGUGCAAUAAUGCCAAAAAGCACCACCUUACUGAAGGUGGAACAGUAGAAGAAAAUGCAGCUGAAGUCACAGAAUUGGCAAAGCAAACUGAAGCUUCAGAUGCUGAAUCUAUAGCCCCAGUACACAAUGCAGUCAAUACAGAUAAAGACAUCUUAGGCCACUGUGGACAUGACACCAGAAUAUCAGCUGGGCACUUGUCUGAGCUCACCUUAAAAGCAUUAGCAACUGCUCCCCCCUCUGAAACCCCAAGUGAUUCUGGAAGUGUUGAAUCAUUGGCUUCAGACAAAUAUUAUGCUUGUUCAGAGAUUUCUAAAACACAGGACACCGUUCCCUUGCCUGAAGCUCCCAGUGCGUCCAAAAGUAUUGAAUUAUUAGCUCCCAUCCAGUCUGGCCACACUUCGGUAGACACUUUGAAAACACUGGAGACUAUUGAUGUAGAUGAACCCUCCUCCCAUAGCUUUAGAAAUACAAAAUCAAUGGUCUCUGUGCCUUGCUCAGACUUAUCAAGUCAAGUUGGCUCUGUAGAAGAAGAGGCAGCAUUGUUUUUGCAUCCCAGUUCAGAGCAAUCUACAGGUACACCAGAUUCUUUGGACUCGCUAGAGAUGCAUGGUGUGUUAGGGACUUUAGAAACACAAAAUACAGUUCCUCAGAAGUUAAAGCCACCUCAGAAACAACCUGACAGUGGAUAUGAAACUGAAAAUCUAGAAUCGCCUGAAUGGUCUUCGCAAUUGCCAGGUGCAAAUGCACCUCCCAUCUCAACUGCCCUGGAUCCUUCCGGUGAUGAGUUACCUCAUACUUGCCCCUCAAAUCCACUUAUUAUUGUGUCUAAGGAGGAGGCUCUUCCAGCAGUGGAGAUCAUUGAUGUAGAUGCUACCAAGGAAGCCUCAAAUAUGUUAACUAAUGGAAGCCAAAAUUCCCACAGAGACUCCGCUUAUUUCUCAGAUAAUGAUUCUGAACCGGAUAAAAGAGCAGAUUGUGAUAUCACUGCGAGUACAAAUGAAGAGAAUGAUCUUAAGAAUGUGGCUGAUUUUGAAAUUGUUACUGUACACAGUGACGAAGUUAUAGCAACUUUUGAUUUCCCAGAUGCACAACCAAAUAACCUACCAGAGGAAAUCGCAGAUAACAAGAGUAAGUUGUCACCAUUGUAUUGUUCAGGCCAGGAAGAAUUUCCAAAUAGCAUUCAAACCGGAAGUCAAGGCAACUUUAAUAAGGUAAACAAUGAUGAAAAAUCUGAUGAGAGUUUGGAUGCUUUAAGUGCAGUUGGCGUUGAUGGAUCAGUAGCUGUGUCUGAGGUUUUGUACAGCACCCCAGAUAGCAGCGCUCAGUUUUCUGAAAGUAUGAAAGAAGACUUUGAAAUAAUUGUUGAGAAGGACAUUAAGAAGCCAUUGUCGAAGGGUAAUGAAGGAAUUAGGUUGAAGGAGCCUGAUGUUGAAGGACGGUACCUUGGCAGACUAGAUGCAUCCGAGCUCUUUAACCUCUCUGAGGAACAAGAUGGAAUGGAGGCUGAUGAAGAAGAUGAAAACAGUGAUGAUUCGGAGGAUGAGUACAAAGGUUAUUCUCUUAAUAGUCCCAGUUCAGAGAGUGAGGAUGAUGCAGCACAUCCGGUGCCAAUAGUUGUGACUGAGAAUGAUGACGGAAAAGCUCUGAAAAGUUUAUUGAAGGACUUUAACUCCAAGUCCACUGAUUCCCUAAAACCAGACCCGAGAAGGAAACGAGUGAAGAAGAUAGUAUCGUUUUUUGACGAUGUCACAGUCUUCUUGUUUGAUCAGGAGACCCCUACCAAAGAACUGGGAGAACAUUCAGCGGCAGAAAACAGUUUGGUGUCUGGCAGUGGCAGCCCUGUCACACUAACUGGAUCCCAUUACUCAAACAGGAUCUCAAACUCUGAGAGUUCCACUGAUGAAGAAGGUGGUGGUUUUGAAUGGGAAGAUGAUUUCUCCGUAUCCUCUUCAGAGUCCUCAUUUAUCUCUCAAACAGCAAAUCGACUUGCCUCCUUAAAACAGUCUCCUUCCCCUGCUUCCAGAUAUUUUUCACCUCCACCGUCCUCCCGGACCUUGGAGCAAAAUUGGACAGAUACAUCAUCAACGUAUUCUCGAUUUUCUAUCUCUCCAUCCAGCAUUGCCAGUUUCUCUCUGACUCACCUCACAGAUUCUGACAUCGAACAAGGAGGAAGCAGUGAAGAUGGAGAAAAGGAUUGAAAGACAACUGGGAAAGAAAGUGCUUUGAUAUUUCCUUUAUUUGUAAUCAGACUAUCUGACAAAACAAGCCAGUUCAGGUUUAAAAUAAGAUGGAUGAAUCAACCAAUAGUUUUCCACAAAAUUGAAAUGAGUCGGUGCAUAAAAGAGCAUAAAAUGUUUAAAUUAUGUCCAUGUUGUACUGAAAGUUUGUCCUGGCUGGACAGUACGCAUUGUCAGAUUAAUGGAAGUCUGGGUAAAUACCUUGAGCAAGCCUAUGGACACAACUCUUGGCAAUCUCCUAUUGAAUUCCUUGCUGCUCUAUGGAUAAUUUCACUUUGGCAGACAUAGGAUUGUUAAUUGUUCCCUAAAUUUUCUGCUCCCUUUAAAGUACUGUAUUGAAGAAUUGAAAAGAAGUUUUAUCUGCAGUUUUCUGUAUAAAGUGUUAUAUUUAACCAGUAAAUGCUUGCUUUUUUUUUCCAGAGAAGGGGGAGAGUUGGUGAUAGGUUUCAUGUUAUACCUCCAAGGUGCAAUGAGGUUUGAAAGAAUGUCUUAUUUCAGAAUCUGCAUCAUGUGAAAUGUGUAUGGUGAUUUUAUGGUCCUCUGGUUUUAUAGUUGAGCUAUCUGUAACCUGCAAAAAUAAAUUCCUGUCCAGUCUGGCAGUCUUAGUGUCCAGUAGGGAUAUAAUUGGGAUGCCCAAAACUUUGUUUUAAUGAUUCAACUGUGUGAAUCUAUUCCAAAAAAAAACCUCUCGAUAACAAUACCUCUUUUAAGACUGGGCCACAGGAUAUAUGCAAAGCAAUAAUAGUUUGCAAAGCGUUUAAGUCAACCACUGCAUAAACCCAGUGUUGCAGCUGAAUUGUUUUCAUACAUUGAACACUACAAGCAGCCCCCAGCUGUGACAAGCAUUUACCAAUUGUUUUGUAGACCUGUCAAAGAAAAUUUAAAGCAACGUACAGUUCUAAAGAUAUAACUUCACUGACAGUUGUGUGGCAUAUAUUCCACAAGCUUGUUUUAAGAUGUUGAGGCCAGUGUGAGUUAUGUUUUCAGACACUUUUUUGAAAAGCUAUUUGUACCCAUAUUGCAGCCUAGAAGUGGUCACUUCUCGCCUUGCCUGUGGCUCUCAGAUGGUACAGCACUAUGUCUCCAGGACCUUAUCCACGUGCACUAAUAUCUUGGUCUUGGGGUUUAAAAAUUAAAAGCUAUUGAGACUGAACAGUGAUAUAUAAGUAACUUCUAGUAACUUAGUGUUGUUCUAAACACGUACAGAUAUCAAAAUUGUUUCACAAAUCCAGCAUAAAGUUGGUUGGGUAUCUCAGUGACUUUCUAACAGCAAACAUUGCAGAAAAGAUUUGACUCCUCAAGUGCAGCAUUGGGUGCCUAUUCAAAGGAAUGAAUAAGAUAAAAUAAUCCCAGUUACAAUUCAAACAAUCUGAGAUCUUAAGUUAUAAUGUACAUUUCAUUCCAACAUUUGUUUUAUAUACUGAACAUGGAGAUGUACUCAUUAAUGCCCUGGUGCUAGCAAGGUCUGCUGGUACCUUAUUCACAUUGGCCUAAUAAUCACUGAAAGUGACUCUUGUGGUUGGAGCCACCUCAGCUGACCCUGAUCCUAUGACCCAGUAUCCAUGUUGUGCUGGGAGAUACUAAUUAGCAAUUGUGAGCCUUAACUUGAUAGUCGAGGCCCAAGAUUGCUUGUGGUGGCUGUGGAUCAACUGCUAGUGAAACCAAUGAACCCUGGAGCUGCCACAACCAGAUCCACAACCCUGUUAGUCUCAGCAUGACACCUUAGCAGUACUGAUUCGUAGAGAGUUUUUUUUUCCCCCAUUGUCCGUCACUCCUGAUCUUGGAAUCUUAGCAUGGGGGAGUACCACACAAAGGAAAGUGAUCAUCUUUUGAACUGGAGGUCUCCCACCUUCUGGAACUUUGGUGCCCUUUAUCCAGGUACUGAAAGCUGCUUCUCAUCUUGCCCUCUGAAGGUGUCCAAAAUGGCUAAAGUCUUCUGCAGGGAUUUUGGGUUUUCCAAUUGAGCCUAGUCCUAGGAAGCUGCCCUGAGGAGCUGGCCCUGAAAUCUCCUUCCUGGCCUUGUGGCUUUUUGACUUAUUAGUAACUGUAUUUCCUCAACUGAUUCCUUUGACACUGAAUGCUGUGUAUGCCCUGAACAUGACAGAACUGCACCAAGGCAGCGUUUGCCGACAGGGAAUGAAGUUGGUGAUAAAACUGUUUGUGAUGUUAAAACUGUUUUUCUGAUGAUGUACUCGGUCAUUGCCUCUUGGGAGGUGUUUUAACCUCUGUACUGAGGGAUUCUGGCUCUGCGGCUGGUAUGACCGGGUCUGCUGCUGGUGGACCUCAGCAGAUCAGGCAGCUUCUGUGGAGGCACAGGGAUAGUCGGAUGUUUCGGGUUGAGACCCUGCCUCAGGUCGGAUGAAGGGUCUCAACCCGAAACAUCGACUGUCUCUUUGCCUCAGUGGAUGCUGCCUGACCUGCCGAAUUUCUCCAGCAACAUGUUUAUUUUUUGCUCCAGAUCCCAGUAUCUGCAGUCUCUUGUGUCUCCAGUUUAUUUGUAUCUCUGGUUGCCUUGGAUCAAAGAGCUAUCUCAUCAAGUUAUAAACUCAACUUUAUUAAACUGGUUACUUAGAAUCAGGAAGAUAAAGUACUUGGAAGAUUUGAAUCUGUGUCUGUGAUUACCUUCCACUAACAAUGUGAAUCCUGACAAAAGCUUGGCCUGUCUGCUGGAAGUAUUGGUCUCUCAUUGCGAUUUAUGGCGAGGGAAUUGGAAAAAGAUUUUAUUUGUUGAUAAUUAUAACAGCUAUAGAACUGUACAGCAAUUCAUUAGAAGGCAGCAAAAAUCAGACUUUUAUAGGGGUUCUGCUAAUUGAGGACAUACCUUCAAGGAAUUUUCCACAAAAUAAUGUCAAAAUAAUUCCUCCUCACUUGCAAAGGCAUCGUAACUGAUGGUGCUGAUAAUCACCAUGUGGGAAGUGGUCUUCUGGGAGGCAGGUUGCACAGAUCGGAUUUGCCCAGAUUUCUGCAUAGAUUCAGACCUCUGCAAGAUCCCCUCUCUGAAAAGGUUAGAUCCCUGUAUUAUAUACAUCAGUGAUAAUGGAACAUAAGUGCACUUGUUUUGCCAGAUUGUUAUAGGUAUUGGCUGGAAAUCUGCUCCCUCUAAACUGAGAAAAAUUGACAAAACCAGGGAACCAUUUUGCCUCAACCCUCAAUUCUCUGUAGCUCAACAAAUCUGAAAUCAAAUUAAAUGCAAGUUUAUCACCCACAAGUUAUUGCAUCACAUUUGACCACCCAUGUAUUCAAGAAUUAAUUGAUUUGUGUCUUUGAACAAAAGCCAGUAGUGAAGAAAGCCAGACAAAAGCAGUAAUUGGCUUUGUAAAACUAAAAAAAAGGAAAAUAUAACAUAAAAGCAUGCAGGAAUUGAAGAUUAGUCUUUCAGUUACUGGUAAAAUUUGUACCAAUUCUGCUGAACCCACUGUUGUAUUUUUGAUUAAUGUAAUGGGUUGAAUUUUCUCUCUAGUUAGGGUGAUGCCAGGUAGAGAGGGUUAAUGGUUAGUUGAAAUUUCAGAGCCAUAUAGAAUAAUAACCAGAAAUGAGCCCUCAGCUGUUUUAGUUCUGUGUUUUAAAGAAUCUGGACAAUAUUGCAUAUGGAAUAUUUUAUUAACGGUCAAACAAACCUUUAAAAGAAAUCUUGAAAGUCGGGCAAAGGAAAGUGGCCCGACAGCUGCCAGUCUUGGAACAGUUGCUAUAGUGAGGCUUCCAGUCAGGGGAAUGCAUGCACUGUUCCUCGGUCUAAGGCUCCAGCUCCCUUGCAUGCACUUGGAUGGCUCCUCUGUCUAAAUAUUCACACCAGAAUUAAAAAGUGCCUGUGGUGAGAUCCUGAUAGUGACUGGAGUGUCUCCAUAAUGCACAAACCAUAUGUAAUAAUUAAACUGUCAUAUUAACACAUUCUGAAGAACAGCAGUUCACAGUCCAAAAUGUACUUGCCCACUGCAGAUCAUCCCGUUCCCAUGCAUUUAUCAAAGGAAAUUACAUUUGCAAUCAAUGAAUUAUUACUGAUCACUCAAAUGUUGCUGCUUACAUAUUUAAAACAUUAGAGACAAACAACAAAAUAUAGGCUGUUGAUUCUGUACUCGCAUGUGGUUCCAGAACAACAGGAUCUAGCCUUGUGGUGACCUUGUUAAAAUGCCAGAAGUUUGUUGAAUGGCUGCUUGGACGAGCUCAAAUGUUUUGUGCUAAGACUGUGGGUGCAUCCUGAGAAGUCGAUCAGAACUAGUGGAAAGAUAGAAAAUAGCAUCUCGAUACUAAGAGUGCGAGCAGCCUCUCCCCAGUUCAGAUUACACUACUUGUACCUCUUCUGUUAUGAAGGAAUAUUCCACUACACUUCUGAGAUGCUAGCCAAAUUCUAACUUUGAACCUAUUAACUUUACGAGUAUUGGUAGUUGUGCAAUAUUUUAACCUUGAACGCGAUUCCUUAUUUUUUGCUAAUUAAUGGUUCAGGACAGUUGUGAGCUGUUACUGACAAUAACAGCUCAACUUUCCUUAACUGCUAUUAUUAAUAGGCAAAGACUUUUGCAUUUCUUGUGGCAAGUACACAACAUAUAUAUUUUGCAAUAACUUGAUGAUAUUUUUAUUUGUAAACCCAAGCUCUUUACAGUCAAGGGUGGAUUUUGGGAAAGGUGAUGACCACUUGAACAGGUAAUGCAAAAUCAAAUGUUUUCAAUUAAAUUCAAUUCACUCUGUCAGGUGGGGGGCAUCCCAACAACUUCAUGGCAAUCUAGACUGUUGCUUUAGGGAGAUGGGGUUAAAGGUGGGUGAUAUACUUUAUUUAUGUAUGUUAAGUAAAAUAAUGUAGCCUCUUUUCUCUUGGUUGGCAAUCUGUAGCUAUUACCAUAUGUUUCUAGUGCUAGGUAAUUGGCCAAGUGGUCGGUUACUUGGCAAAUGUUUAUGUAAAUGGCAAAAAGCAAUUUGCAAGAAAGAACAAUGCAAUACUCAUUAACAUUGCAUUUCCACUCUAUGGUACUGUGAUAUUGAGCAAACCAGAUAGCCAAACACUGGCAGGUGAAAGUGCUGACAAUAAGCAAUUUUUUCCUAUGUAUGCAGUAGCUAUAUUCUACCCAGCACACCAUGAAAUUUAACUUUGCUGCCAGGUUCCAGUUACCUGGUUCUGGGCUGUUCAGAAUACAGCUGUUGGGUAAUUUUGUUUAUAAAACAAACGUACAUUUGGUUCCCAGCUCCAGCAGUACCGAGUGUUUUCAGAGUGCAGUGCUGAAGAUAACCCGUGUAAGUUGUCGCUAUCAUAUUAAAGCAAAGUGCAAAUAUAGGCCUGAGUAUGCAGAAGGUGUUGCCAUAUCACUGCAGAUGUCUGAGACUUUCAUUUUUCGAUUAAAUGGUCCAACUGAUCCUGUAAAUGUGAACCAUGGGAAUGUGCCUCAAUGAUCAAAAACUGCAUGUUCCUUUAAAAAUAUUUUUUCUUAGGGUUCAUUCUUGAAGAUGACUUGUAAAUAUUUGAAGAGUUCCUCUUCCCCACCUGUAAUCCCACUUGAAACCUAAAGUUGUGUAUAGUAUUUUUGUUCACAGUAGCCUGUUCUACAUUAUUUUGAAUCGACUUAAAUCGUUGAUGGAGAUAUCGGAUAAUUUUGUGCAAUGCAUUGCUUUAUCUGGCACAUUUGAAGUGUAACUUAAUGUUUGAUGGUACUGGAUGUAUAUAAGUGUUUAAUUUUGUCUGUAAAUGGGAGAUGAUGUAACAAAGUCAUAGGCACAAGGUUUUCUUUUGUAAUUUAAUAAAAAAUAUAUGAAAUUACUGAUUACAUAUCACAGUAAUAAAGAAGAAAAUCAGGUCACUUCAUGAAAUGUACAUUUUGAUAUGUAAUAUUUUUACUUUGAUUUCCAUGCAUAGUGUAAUUCGAUAAAUUGUUUGUAAUUUAAAUGCACUAUGGAUAUUUAAUAUUCAGAAUAA